UUCGGGCCGUGGGCGGGGGAGACUCUGCGGCUGCCCGUGGCUGCCAACACUGGUUAAACAAACAUCAUUGGGGAUGGCGCGCCGGUCACGGCCGCAGCCCUCCACGUGGGAGGAGGCGCGCGGCGAGUUCUACCAGGAGCACUUCCCGUCGUCGCAGGCGGGCCUGGAGGCGGACGACUCGCUGUCGGGCGGCGCCUCGUCCUCCCAGGCCCAGCUGCUGCACAUCCUGCCCAGCCGCCAGCUGCUGCACACAGUCGACGGUGUCACCAUGAGUCGCGGCCAGAUGACCCGCACUCUCGGCAAGCGACGCUCAACGCUGACCCUGCGGCCCAGCCAGGUGCAGGCUGACGCCGACGAUGAGAUGCUGCCCGACCAAGACAUUCCUGACGAACAGCAGGUCUGGGACCAGAUUCAGGCCAUCAAGGCUAUGCCGAUUCCGAUGGAGAAGAAGAGGGAACGCAAGAACAAGCUCCUUACCUCUUCGGCCUUCCGAGUACAGGGCAUGCAGCGGUUUCAUUUGCAUCGGCAGAAGUUCUGGUCACACUUUAAGGACGCUAUGGUGGACAUCUUCGCGUUCGAGCUGUGGCACGACUCUCUCCGCCUCAUCGAGGGCAACUUCGGCACGGGCGUGCUGUCCUAUUUCCGCUACAUCAAGAAGGUGAUGUACAUGAACAUUGCGGUGUUCGCGGCCAUGCUGUCGUUCGUGGUGCUGCCAAACCUGCUGCUGAAGCGGACGGAGCCCCUGCACUGCGACCUCACCGACAACAGUACGGUCACUGCCUGCUGCAACCAGAACUACACCGAGUACGUGCACAACAACAGCUGGGGCGGCGUCACCAAGGGCUUCAUGGACUUCCUGCAGGGCACCGGCUACAUGGAGCUAACGCCGCUCUUCUACGGCUACUACGAGAACGUGGUGCUGAUUGGCGCCACGUCAGGGCUGUACUACAACCUACCGCUGGCGUACGUGCUCGUGUCCAUCAGCUGUCUGCUGCUCUGUCUGGCGUUCGUGGUCAUCCACACGGCGCACGGCUUCCAGGACGCCAUCCUGUCGCGGGGCAAGUUCUAUCAGUACUGUAACGUGAUCUUCAGCGCCUGGGACUUCUGCAUCGACAACGUGAGCGCCCGCGAGUACAAGCAGAUGGCGGUGUACAACGAGCUGAAGGGCUACCUGGAGACGGACCAGUACGAGGCGGAGCGGCGCAACCGUAGCCAGAUGGACGUCAUUCAGCUGUACGUGGUCCGCACCGUCACCAACAUCAUCGUCACCGUCAUCCUCAUCAUCUGCGGCGUCAUCAUCUUCUACGUGGUGCAGUACUCGCUGUUGCACGUCGAGAUGGAGGCCAGCGGCGAGAACCGGUCGACGCUGCUGACCAUUUACCAGUACUUACCAGCCAUGACCGUGUCCGUGAUGAACAUUGUGGUCACGCUCUUCAUGUACCACAUCGUGACGCUGGAGCGCUACACGGCGCAGGUGAACGUCAUCCUGACGCUGGUGCGCACCGUGUUCUUGCGCGUCGCCUCCAUCGCCGUGCUCAUGUACUCGUUUUUCGUUAAGUACAAGGCCCAGUGCGAAGGCCAACUGACAGGCUUCGAGUGUUUCCUGCCGGGCUGCCGCGCCAACGCCUGCUGGGAGACCAUCAUCGGCCAGACCUGCUACAAGCUGAUGCUGACCGACUUCGCCUGCAUCGCCGGUUUAAACCUGUUCGUCUACUUCCCGCUGAAGGUGGUGAUCGACCACUUCCAGGUGCCGUGGAUGCGCAAAAUCUUCCUGCAGGAGUUCGAGAUUCCGCGCCACGUGCUGGACGUCGUCUACAACCAGGCGCUGUGCUGGCUGGGUGUCUUCUACUCGCCGCUGCUUCCCGGCAUCGCCGCGCUCAUCUGUUUCCUCUACUUCUACCUCAAGCGUUUCACCUGUACACGCAUCUGCGAGCCACCGAAGCUGUCGCUGCACACCAUCCGCUCGUCGGCCUUCUACAUGCUUGUGUCGCUGUUCUCCUUCUUCGCGGCGCUGACCAUCAUCAUCUUCUCGAUGGCCGAGGUCCAGCCGUCGCGCUCAUGCGGCCCAUUCCGAGGCCUCCAUACGAUGUGGAUGGAGAUCCAGGACACAGUGAACGCGCUGCCCGGCUGGUUGCGCACCUUCAUUCACUUCUUCGGCUCGGCUGGGUUCGCCGUGCCGCUGGUGGUGGCUCUGCUGCUGGCCAUGUACUACUACUCGGCCAUCGCCGCGGCCAACAAGCACAUGAUCGAGGUGCUAAAGGAGCAGCUGGUGUUGGAGGGCCAUGACAAGCAGUUCCUGCUGAGCAAGCUGAACGAGCUGACGUCGCUGACUCGGCACCGGCUUACCGAGAGGCGGCGCAACGUCAUUGGCGAGCGUCUGAUGGAGGGUGUCCAUUUCGCCGAGAUGGGUGCCCGGUCAUCUGGCGCCGGCAGCGAGACGGUGGUGACACACCAGGAGUUGUAGCUCUUGACUCCGCUCUCCGACAGUGAGACGGUGGCGGCACACCAGGAGUUGUGGCUCUCGACUCCGCCCUCCGACAGUGAGACGGUGGCGACACACCAGGAGUUGUGGCUCUCGACUCCACCCUCCGACAAUGGGACGGUGGUGACACACCAGGAGUUGUAGCUCCCGGCUCCACCCUCCGACAGUGAGACGGUGGCGACACCAGGAGUUGUAGCUCCCGGCUCCACCCUCCGACAGUGAGACGGUGGUGACACCAGGAGUUGUAGCUCCCGGCUCCACCCUCCGACAGUGAGACGGUGGUGACACGCCAGGAGUUGUGGCUCCCGGCUCCACCCUUCGGCGGUGAGACGGUGGUGACGCACCAGCCGCUCGCUGCAGCCUCGCUCGCCGACGGUGGGGCGAGUGUAUAGCGCGGGGCUCAGGACGCGGGCGCGACACGGAGCGCGCCGCCACGCGGCCCGAGCAGCGGAGGUGUGACACGCCCAGCGGCAGCGUAAAUCGCAGGUUUGCGUCUCCUCCCGAGCGCAGCCGCGUGUCUAGUCUUCGAUGUGAUGAUUUGUUGAAUUUUACGUAUUGCGUUGUCACGUGAGUGCCCUGCGUAGGACGGGGCGGCUGAUUUGCUUACGUGUACUGUUAAGCAUCAAGUAUUUAUAUCGGUGUGGCUCGAUUCCGUACCUACGUGGUCUCAGACGUAUUGUUACGCGAGCGCUGUGACGCAAUGCCCAAGCCACGCCGUCUAUUUAUGUUAUGGUAUGAGUUAAACUUGAGUCACUAUUUAUGGUUCAACUGCACCUAGUCUAAGUUUGCUUAUGCAAGACCACCCAAGUAUGAUAGCUAUUUCCACAUCCGUGAAUUCCAUUAAGGUGUACAUUUGCUGAGUGAACACGGGCGUGUUAGGCCAGCGCAAGGUUUUCAAAGGCGUCAGUGUUGACGUUUCUACCAUAUUUUUACGUACCUACGUAUUGUGCCAAGCUUCCACUCAUCGUGUGUCACCAUAUUUACUCAGUUGAAAGGCGCCUGACCUUGACGCAUUCGAUUCGCCUGCCGCUCAUGUCUUUCAAAGGCGCGAGGUGGAGUUGCGUUGGCACUGGUGAGAGGUGCUGCAACCUGGUGGUGAUGUGCAGGACCGAAGCUUUCGAGUCACCGCGCUAGUUUUCGAUCCCGGAAAGCGUGCCAUUGUACUGCUGCAAAUGCAUUCCUUGGUGGCAUUUACUGUAGUAAAAAG